AUGUCCUACAACUGUUCCACAAGGAAACUCUCUUCCAGGAUGAUUGGAGGACAAUACACUGUGCCAGUGGCCCCAGUUGCCACAGUUUCUACCCCGGAUGUCGACUGCCUGAGUGGCAUCUAUUUGCCCAGCUCCGUCCAAACUGGCUCCUGGCUCCUGGACCACUGUCAGAAGACCUGCUGCGAGCCCAUUGCUUGCCAGCCAACCUGCUACCAGCCAACUCCUUAUGUCUCCAGCCCUGUCCGGGUGACCUGCCCUCAGCAAACCACUUGUGUCUCCAAUCCCUGCUCAACUCCCUGCAGCCGGCCGCUCACCUUUGUCUCCAGUGGCUGUCAGCCCCUGGGCGGCAUCUCUACUGUGUGCCAACCAGUGAAAAGUGUCUCCACUGUCUGCCAGCCGGUGGGAGGAGUCUCCACCAUCUGCCAACCAGCCUGCGGGGUCUCCAGGAUGUACAAGCAGUCCUGCGUGUCCAGCUGGCGAAGAAUUUGCUGA